CCAUUAUUCUGAAGUAAUGGUCUGACUACUCUGCUUCACCUUUUUUUUUUGUUUUUCUUUUUUCUCUCCGAUCAUAUCAGAAGUGGAAGUUGGAUACGCAGGAAGUGGAUGAAAUUAUGUCAACCAAAAGCAGCAUAGCCAACGCAGUGGGCGGAAGGACGGCAAGAGCCUGCGACAGCUGCUUCCGAAAGCGAGCCCGAUGGUACUGCGCUGCCGACGACGCCUUUCUCUGCCAAUCCUGCGACUCCGCCGUCCAUUCAGCCAACCCCCUGGCCCGUCGCCACCAACGCCUCCGCCUUAACUCACCCACCUCCUCCAAUUCCAAACCCCCUUCUCCCUCGUGGGUGUCCGGCUUCACCCGCAAGCCCCGCACCCCUCGGCCCCCUCCCCGCCCAAAAUCCGACGACCUCCUCUCUAACCCCUCCUUCUCCCUCGUCCCCGAGGCCGACGACGCUACCUCCCACGAAGACAAUGAAGAGGAUCACCUCUUGUAUAGAGUCCCCACCUUCGACCCCUUCCUCCCCUCCCAUGAUCUGGAUCUUGCGGAUUUUGCUUCCGAUUUGGAGAGGCAGUGCUUUGACAUGGAGGGGCUCGGGUUGGUUAAGGUGGAGGAUCUUCACGAACAACAAGAAGCUGAUUAUUGUAGGGCUCAACAUCAAUUCGAGGCUCAGAUGGAUGUGAUGCGAGAGCCCUUCGAGUUGAUACCAGUGGUGGAUGUCAAGAAUGAAAGACAAGAGGAUUGUGCAGAGGAAACAGAGGAUGAAUCGAAAACGCAGAUGAAAAGAAGAGUGACAUUGCUAUUGGAUUGUGAGGCAGUAAUUGCGGCCUGGGGUGACGACAAGUCUCCAUGGACUACCGGAGAACGCCCCGAUUUAGACCCCGACCAACCCUGGCCUCACUUCAUGGCGCUUUGUGGAGGGAGGAACGGGCAGGGGUGUGGGGAAUAUGGGAUGGGCACGGCGGCGAUGGGGGACGGCAGGAGGGAGGCGCGUGUUUUGCGGUACAGGGAGAAGAGGCGGACGAGGUUGUUUUCGAAGAAAAUAAGGUACGAAGUUAGGAAAUUGAAUGCGGAGAAGAGACCCAGAAUGAAAGGGAGGUUCGUGAAGAGAACAGCUCUUACACACCCAGUUCUUCCCAUUAUGAGUAUCAAGUAAAUACCAAAA